AUGGCUUUGCCGUUACCCAUACCUCCGUGUGCUAAAAGGGAUGGUCUUAGUGGCUUAAGUUGUGAACAUUUCGAUUAUGCUAGUACUAUGGCUACAACUUUGCUGGCGCCAGUUAAGACUGAAAGACAAAUUCUUGAGCAUUCUAUGUCUGAAGAUGACCCUAAUGCUAAUACGCAGUUACCAAGUUUGGUAGAUAGACAGCCUCGAUGGGGUCCCCGGCACCGUGGAGCUCAGGAACUAGCUGAACUUUAUAGUCCAGGCAAAAGACUACAAGAAUGGGUCUGUGUGGUGGUAUGUUGCACGUUGUGUGUCUGUGCUGGUGUUCUCAUGGCCAGACAUAUACAAGCGGAUGCCUCAUUAUUAUUAGCAGCAAUUUCUGGUGUUCUAACAGCAGAUUUUGCUUCAGGCGUAGUGCAUUGGGCUGCAGACACUUGGGGAGCAGUUGAUCUACCUGUUAUAGGCAAAAAUUUCUUACGCCCAUUUCGUGAACAUCACAUCGAUCCUACAUCAAUAACUCGUCAUGAUUUUAUCGAGACCAACGGUGAUAAUUUCGCUAUAACUAUACCGGUCUUAGCAAGAAUUGUAUGGCAACUUCUCACGUACGACGAUGAAAAUAUUAAUGCCCAAUUUCACUGGAUUGCAUAUUGGUACUUAUGCUGUAUCUUUGUUGCAAUGACUAAUCAGAUACAUAAAUGGUCUCAUACAUAUUUUGGACUACCAAUGUGGGUAGUUUGGUUACAAGAAUGGCACAUAGUAUUGCCACGUCGUCAUCAUCGCAUACAUCACGUAGCGCCGCACGAGACUUACUUUUGCAUCACAACGGGCUGGCUUAAUUGGCCUUUAGAAAUGCUUCAUUUCUGGUCUACACUAGAGACUAUAAUCGAAGCAGUCACUGGUUGUAAACCACGAGCUGACGAUAUGAAAUGGGCACAGAAAAGGUCCUAG